AUGAUUCUUAUAUUUGUUUAUCUUCUAAGCUUGCUGCGCUUCGUCGUAGAAGCUAGUCCAACAUAUCUUGUCCAUCACUGCCUGAACACCACUUUCAACAACGGCAGCGCCUAUCAAACAAACCUCGAACUUUUCUUGGCUGAUCUUGCCAGGCAGGGCUAUCUCGACGAUAAAUAUUCCAUCGGUUUCUACAAUGCUACCAAAGGCAAUGACCCUGACAAGUUGUAUGCCUUCUUUCUUUGCCGCGGCGAUGUCAAUAAGGAAAUCUGUCAAUUCUGUGUUAAUGUAGCAACCAAAAACUUAAUUACUGAUCUUUGUCCUUCUGGAGAACAAAGUAUAAUAUGGUACGAUGAGUGCCUUUUCCGCUAUUCAAACGAGUCCUUCUUUUCUACCAUGAGCCAAUAUCCCUCAUUUGUCAUGUGGAAUGUGCAAAACUUUACUGGCGGUACAGACAUAUUUGGUGAGAAACUUAGAAGUUUGUUGACCGAGGCUACGGCUGAGGCUGUAAACACUUCCAAAAUGUUUGCAACCAGAAAGGUUAAUUUGGAUGUUUCUCGUACACUGUAUGGUCUAGUGCAGUGCACGCCGGACCUGUCGAAAUUUGAUUGCAAUAGUUGCCUUGAAGCAGCUUUUCCAAAUUUAAUGACAUCAAAGGUAGGAUCAAGAGUGCUGUCUCCAAGUUGUAUUGUCCGCUACGAACUAUACCCGUUCUAUAAUGAAACAGAGCCACUGGCACCUCCACCUCCACCUCCAAUUCCUUCCAAAGGUAACGUUAGAAUACAGUUUACUGAAUUCCUCAAGUAAUAAUUAAUGCCAUUUUGCCUUUUUUACUUAGAGCUCACACACUUACGGUAAGAAGACAGAAUUAAUCCAAUGAAAAAAUAAAUUUCCAAUUGUAUAUAUAACGAAAACA